AUGUCGUUCUACACCCCCCUGCCUCAAGAUGAGGAGUUGGACAAACCCCGAGACUCUAUCAUCCUUUGCGAGUGCAAGCAGACGAAAAGCGAUGGUAGCUAUUGGACUGGAAAGCCCGCGCGUUGGGCGGUGCUCGCUUUCAUAGCGUCAAUAACGUGCACUUUACUCAACUUAUCCUUCCUCCUACUCCAAAAAGAGAAUCUUUCCAAUAACAUCAAGAGCUCGCGUAUUCGUCUCGAAAAUCCAAGCUCAUAUAUCGGCCUCGACAAAGUCGUCCACAACACCACAUCCCCUCCCGUCCCACCCAAACCAAUAUCAGCCUGGCCUGACUUCGCGGAACAAAUAGCUGAAUCAUCACCUAGCAUGGUGUUGCACCAAGUAGAUCGCCAUUUUACGUACUUCGGGACAGCUUAUCCGACCGACAGGAAAUUUCGGAUAGCGCUGGACGUGUCUACAGUCGUCCAAUUUCGUGUGCGCGAUUUCGGCAUGGAGAAAUGCACCCUGACAUUGUCAAUGGGAAUCGCGCCGCCACCGACAAGCGGGCAUCACCACGGUCGGUCACUUUCUGAAUCUGCAAUGGCCACAGGGUCCAUUGAUGUUUGGCAACUCGACCAAGCCCAUCGUCUUGAUCCGGAACACCUCUCGUGGAACAACCGGCCUUCACGUCGACAUCUUUUUGCGACUUGGGACCUUGCCGAGAUGCAGGGCCAACCGACAGCGUCGUUCCGAACUACCGAGUUUUUGUGUCCCAGCACGGAAAUUCUUACAUUUGAGUUGGCCUGCGCUGCCGGAAAUCCAAGCUGUCAUCUCGAAUUCGCCCAGCCCAGAGAGCAGCCGCACUCAGCCCUGUUUUUGAUCCAACGCUCCUCGUUGUAUUAA